UCUAAAAACUACACAGACUGGCCAAACGACAACUACCACCUUCCGAUAAUGAUUCCCGCCAUUUCCGUCUUAACUAACACCCCAAUCCCAACCAACUUAACUGUCAUUUCAUGCCCUAAAUCCCAAAAACCACCCUCCAAAAACCCUCAAAAUCUCAAUCAAACCCUCAAAUAUCUAACAAAAUCUGGCAAUCUCGACGAGGCGAUUCGCUUGAUAGAAUCCUCGCCGUCCAAAUUUACUGAUCCUGAGACUUACAGUCAGCUCUUACAUUCUUGUAUUUCCCAAAAAUCGUUACCUCAUGGCCAAAGAGUAUAUAAACAGCUCCUUAAACAAGAAUACAGCGAAAAAUUUCUUGAAAAUCAUAACUUAAAAAGCAAGCUAAUUACCCUUUUCUCUGUAUGUGGCGAACUUGAUGAGGCACGCGUAAUUUUUGAAAAUGCGGUUGAAAAUGAAGGGGUGCCGGAGUCAGUUUGGGUGGCAAUGGCAAUUGGGUAUUCAAAAAAGGGGUUCUUGAGAGAGGCUUUGCUUGUUUAUGUUGAGAUGUUGUGGAAUUGUAUGGAGCCGGGCAAUUUUGCGUUCUCCACAGCGUUGAAAGCGUGUGCGGAUUUGAGGGAAUUGUGGGUUGGUAGAGGAGUUCAUGCACAAGUGGUAAAGUCUAGUGAAGGGCCUAAUCAAGUGGUGAAUAACGGUCUGCUGAGGUUGUAUACACAGUGCGAGUGUUUUGAUGAAGUUUUGAAGGUGUUUGAUCAAAUGCCUGAAAGAAAUGUUGCUUCUUGGAAUUCUUUGAUUUCUGGUUUUGUUAAAGAAGAUAAAUUGGGCGAGGCACUUGAUGUGUUUAGAAGGAUGCAAAGAGAGGGAAUGGGGUUUAGUUGGGUUACACUAACUACAAUUUUGCCAAUUUGUGCGCGCGUGACAGCUCUUCUCAGUGGAAAAGAGAUACAUGCGCAAAUUGUUAAAUCAGCGAGAAGGCCAGAUGUCCUAGUGCUAAAUUCCCUUGUGGAUAUGUAUGUGAAAUGUGGAGUUGUUGAUUAUGGUAGGAGAUUGUUUGAUGGGAUGAGAAGUAAAGACUUGACAUCAUGGAAUACUAUGUUGACUGGAUAUGCAAUCAAUGGUUAUAUGAGGGUGGCGAUGGAUUUUUUCAAUGAGAUGGCUUCAUGUGGGAUAAGGCCGGAUGAUGUCACAUUUAUUGCACUGCUAUCAGGUUGUAGCCAUGCUGGGCUAACAGAAGAUGGGCAGAAAUUGUUUCAUAGAAUGGAAAUGGAUUUUGGGGUCUCUCCAAGUUUAGAGCAUUAUGCUUGUUUGGUGGAUAUGUUAGGCAGAGCUGGAAGAAUUGAUGAUGCAUUGGUGGUGGUGAAAAACAUGCCCAUGAAGACAAGUGGUAGCAUAUGGGGAUCAUUGCUCAACUCAUGCCGCCUACAUAAUGAGGUCCCUCUUGCAGAGGCUAUUGCAAACCGGUUGUUUGAGCUUGAGCCAUAUAAUCCUGGGAACUAUGUGAUGCUCUCAAACAUUUAUGCAAAUGCAGGGAUGUGGGACUCUGUAAAUAUGGUUAGAGAGAUGAUGCAAACAAGAAGAAUCAGAAAAGAGGCUGGAUGUAGUUGGAUACAGGUAAAGAAUAAAAUCCACUCUUUUGUAGCUGGUGGAGGCUUCGAGUUUCGUAAUUCUGAUGAAUAUAAGAAGAUAUGGAACAAAUUAAGGGAAGCCAUGGAAGAAUUUGGUUAUAUACCCAACACAGAUGUGGUGCUUCAUGAUGUAAAUGAAGAAACAAAGGCAAUGUGGGUGUGUGGGCACAGUGAGCGCUUAGCAACUGUUUUUUCUCUCAUACAUUCUGCUGCCGGAAUGCCAAUCAGGAUCACGAAGAACCUUCGUGUUUGUGUAGAUUGUCACUCUUGGAUCAAGAUAGUUUCAAGAGUGACAGGGAGGGUCAUUGUUUUGAGAGAUACAAACCGCUUCCACCAUUUCAAAGAAGGUGCAUGCUCUUGUAAUGAUUACUGGUGAAACCAUUAUACCAGAGCAUAAUUCUUUGAACCUUUCUUUAUUUCUUCUUUGAUGAGUCCAUCGCAUGAUUCAUACUACAAA